UCUCUCUCUCUCUCUCUCUCUCUCUCUCUCUCUCUCUGGGAGCGGCAGGAUGUGCGAAUGAGGGCGCGAGACAGAUAAACAGAGAGACACGCAGAACUUCAGGGAAGGUACAGAAGCAGGACACAGCAAAUCUGGCACAAGUAUGUCUGUGAACUCUCCCAGUAGCAGCGAUGCAUGCUUGAGCAUCGUUCACAGCCUGAUGUGCCACCGGCAAGGUGGAGAGAACGAGGGCUUCGCCAAGCGUGCCAUCGAGAGCCUGGUGAAGAAGCUGAAAGAGAAGAAGGACGAGCUGGAUUCGCUUAUAACUGCCAUCACCACUAACGGUGUCCACCCCAGCAAAUGUGUCACCAUCCAGAGGACGCUGGAUGGCAGGCUGCAGGUAGCAGGGCGAAAAGGCUUUCCUCAUGUCAUCUACGCUCGGCUGUGGCGUUGGCCAGACCUCCACAAAAACGAGCUCAAACAUGUCAAGUUCUGCCAGUAUGCCUUCGAUCUCAAGUACGACAAUGUAUGUGUCAACCCCUAUCACUAUGAACGAGUGGUGUCUCCAGGCAUCGUUGGACUAAGCUUGCCAACCACAGCAAGACCAAUAAAGGAAGAGUAUAUCCAUGACUGUAUCCAGAUGGACGGUCCAUCAAGAAUGUCCUCACAGCAGGACCAUCAUGCCCCAGAACACUAUAGCCAACAGCUGCCUCCACUCCAGCUGCCCUCAGAGCCCCAUCGUCACGCCCCUCCAUCAGUAACCCUCUACCCCAGUCUGCCUCUCUCACCACCUUCGAGCAGCUCCAGAAUGUCCCUGCAGGGUAGCCACCCGGAGGGCCUAUUGCAGAUCGCCUCUGCUCAAAGUAGGGCUUUGGUGUCCUGUUCUCCCCCCACCACCCCUACACACACAUCAACAAACACAACAACACACAGCCAGACUGCAUCCCAGCAACCUGAGUCGGAUCGCUGCAGUCAGGGUGAUUAUAGCACCCCCAAACAGACCCAAGCACAGACCUCCUACCACACAACAACUUGGACAGGCUCGAGCACUGCCUCCUACACACCAAUGGGGUCCCAGCAGAAUGGGCGGAGUCACCAGCAGGGUCCUCCUCACCACACUGGUCAUUUCUGGUCUCAACAUCACACUCCCACCUCAUACCCACAGCCAGUCUCCAACCAUCCAGGUCCAGAGUUCUGGUGCUCAGUCUCAUACUUUGAGAUGGAUAUCCAGGUGGGGGAGAUGUUUAAGGUCUUGGCUAACUGCCCGUUGGUAACUAUAGACGGUUAUGUGGAUCCAUCCGGAGGAGACCGCUUCUGUCUGGGGCAACUGAGCAAUGUGCAUCGCACAGAUGCCAGCGAGAGAGCAAGGCUCCACAUUGGUAAAGGUGUGCAACUAGAGUGCCGUGGGGAGGGAGACGUGUGGAUGCGUUGUCUCAGUGACCAUGCUGUCUUUGUGCAGAGCUACUACCUGGACAGGGAAGCAGGAAGAGCACCAGGGGAUGCAGUGCACAAAAUCUACCCAGGAGCUUAUGUCAAAGUAUUUGACCUGCGUCAGUGCCAUAGACAGAUGCAGCAGCAAGCAGCGACUGCACAGGCAGCUGCAGCUGCACAAGCUGCAGCGGUGGCAGGAAAUAUUCCAGGACCUGGCAAUGUGGGGGGCAUCGCCCCUGCCAUCAGUUUCUCUGCAGCAGCGGGCAUAGGAGUUGAUGAUUUGCGUCGACUGUGUAUAUUGCGCCUGAGCUUUGUAAAGGGUUGGGGGCCGGAUUACCCACGCCAGAGCAUCAAACAAACCCCUUGCUGGAUAGAGGUGCAUCUCCACCGGGCAUUGCAGCUGCUGGAUGAGGUGCUACACACCAUGCCCCUUGCUGAGCCCAGUCCUGCCAACUGACAUGGUAACAGAGCUUAAUCAAAUCCAGAAUCUCACAAGAAUCCUCAACAGAAAAUGAUGGAGGAGAGAUGGAGAGAUGAUAUGCUCCAUAACUUCUCCCACAUACACAGCAUGCCCACGUGAACAGACAGUGACUCAUGGAAGGAGGCAGACACUUACGCAAGCUUUCCAUGGCAAUGGCCAGGAGACUGAGUGGACCUCUGCGCUGACCAGUGUAUAGUCCAAUCAUAAGACUGUUGACUCGCAUGGAAAUAAAGACCAGAGUAAGAUGUUCUUAAGGCACAGGUGAACAGGAGGCACAGGAAUUGGUGAAAAGUUGAAUAGUGUCUGCUUUAAGAAAAAUCUGUGGUUUGUCCUAACAAGAAAUAAUGAGUCAUGGUAUUCGUGGCUGAAGAUAUGAUUUGAAAUACCGGGAUGUUCUGUUAGAGCCACAAUCAUCAUAGGUAAUGCACAGACAAUCGCUGUUAACUUUUGUUAUAUUGUGAUUUUGUCAAAGCAGAUCGUAUUUUAGUCGAAUGUUUUUGUAAAACCAAACAACAGCCAAAAUAUCCUGAAUAAAUAGAACAAAAAUAUUUCAUUGUUUAUUAUGCCAAAAAUAGAUUUACUGCAUUUUAGAUGCUCCAAAACCAAAAAGGCAGUUUCUUUAGAAUGAACAGAAAAUGGUACCCUGAGUUUACAAAGCACAAGCGUUUCUUUAUGUUUAAUGCAUAAUGUUCAAUAGGUGUGAGAUCUUAGAUUGGUUUUGAGAGUAGAGUAUGCUGCACUUCAUUUCAUUCUGCAACCCUUUCUCAUCAGAAAAGCUGUUUGUUUUUCAAGAACUAAUCAGUGUUUCUUUCUGUUCCACCAAUUGUUUGUGCCUUAUUUACCAAAGAAUACACUCUGUACCAUUUUAUAUAUAAAUCUAUGCAAAAUAAUAUUUAAAGUUUAUUUAAAAGCCUGUUUUAUUUUUCAUGUCCAGACAACUAGUCUGUGACUUAGUUUUAGAAGUUUCGGACCGGCUGAAGAGUUUUAGUAGAGAGUAGUUCAUUUUUUUUUAUUUGUACUGUUAACUGCUUUUGAUUUCUCUUUUUAAAUGUCAUUCAGAUGUGCCUGCUAUAUGAAUUAAAUGUUCCCUGAUGA